GGUGGUGCGCGAGUUUAGCGAUCGAACGAAGUAAAAUAUUCUCUUCUGACAGCCAGGAUAAAACGCUAUAGUUGCCGUAUUACGUGAUAACAUAACAUUUCUUUGAGAAAAAGAACCGGGCACUGCUUGCAACGGUGUGCUGUGGCGAUUUGGUGCUAAAUCUCGAGCAUGCGAACUCUGCGCUCUCCCGGAAGUUCAGAAGGUUUACGAAGCGGAGUCGCUGAUUUGUAGUUCUCGUCACGAAACCAGAGCAGCCAAGAUCGUCAGUACUUUGGCUGGUGGUAGUAACUUGUACUGGAUAGUGAAGCUUAAAUAAUUUGUCGUAUUAUUUUCACUACAAUCACUGAAUGGCCGAUUUAUUGCUGCUGAAUAAGGACGUUCCUAAGCAUCAAAAUCACAGCAUCAUUGAAGAUUGGCAGGUGGGAAAAAAUUACCUAUAAAAGGCAUACAGCACGGUGCCAGGGUGGUAGCGUGGAGCUCUGCUUGACGAAGGAGAAAUGUUGUAGAAUUCCGAAAGAGGUUUGAGUUCUUGCUGCCGUAUGAUCAACACGCCUUUCGGAGUAUCGAGUGAGUUUGGAACUUAGCAUCCGGAGAGAGAGUGGCAGAGUGAAUAGUGAACAGCGUUUUUCGUGGGCAGGCCAAUCACGUAUCCUUUGUCGUCUGCAACCACUUAUCAAUCACACACAUCACACGAUUUUCGUGGCACGGCGUAUGUCAUGAAUUCGGACGAAUAUGAGCAGCUACCGACGACGAGCGUGACGGCCAUCAUGACGGCCGGUGCGAUUGCCGGUAUAAUGGAGCAUUGUGUCAUGUAUCCGCUCGACUCGGUCAAGACGCGCAUGCAAUCGCUCACACACAUGAGGGCACAUGACACGAUCAUGUCAACACUGCGUGACAUGGUGCGGACUGAGGGCCCGCUACGACCGUUCCGUGGUGUGAUGGCGGUCGUGGCCGGUGCGGGUCCGGCACACGCACUUUACUUUGGAGCGUACGAAUGUUCGAAGGAGCUGAUCGCCACCGUGUCCGAUCGCGAUCACGUCAACUAUAUGCUUUCGGCGGCUGCAGCAACUCUCGUGCACGAUGCUGUCUCAAAUCCGGCAGACGUGGUAAAGCAACGGCUACAGAUGUACAAUUCGCCGUACAGGUCAAUCUUGCACUGCGCCAGUCAUGUGUACAGGACGGAAGGCUUCCGUGCAUUCUAUCGCUCCUAUUCGACGCAGCUCGUUAUGAACAUACCCUACUCGGCGAUUCAGUUCCCGACCUAUGAAUUCUUCCAGAAAUUGCUCAAUAAAGACAAUAAAUACAACCCCCCGGUGCAUAUGGUCGCGGGCGGAGUGGCUGGAGCGGCUGCUUCCGCCCUUACCACACCACUCGACGUAUGCAAGACGUUGCUGAACACACAGGAGGACGGUGCGGGAAAGACGCGCGGGUUGUUUGAGGCUGCCAAGAAAAUCUACGCCACGGCAGGACCGAUGGGUUUCUUCAAAGGCAUGCAGGCACGCGUGCUCUAUCAGAUGCCAGCCACCGCCAUUUGUUGGUCGACUUACGAGUUUUUCAAGUAUAUGCUAUCACGGACCAAGAAGCAACCGUCCGGUUGUGGCGUGACAGCAGCAGGAACGACCCGAGCGUUAGCCACGGAACCGCUACUUUCAGAGGAUGCGUCAAGCAAGGGAGCCACGAUCACUGACCUGCGGUAUAUGAUGAUUCCGGCAGCUGCGUCUGUGAGUGCAGAAGCCUCGUCUGGAGGCUGCAGUGGCAUUGGGAGUGCCAGUUUAUUGAUUCGCUCCGAGCGGGAAGGUAGCGGUAACUUGUCGUCUGUCGACACUAAACCAGCAGGAAGUGGUGUUAGCAGUGGUGGAUUGAUUCCGCGAGGUGGUCCAGAACUGCCGGCCCUAUCAGGAGCUGGCAUUUACGGUGCGAUGAGCUACAAUACGAUGCACUCGAACGAUACGAAUCACCUUACCGAUGUACGGCGAACGAACUAAGUUGCGUGGUGUGGGCAGCUGUUGAGGGAAAGGUGCAGGUCUGAUAGGAUCCGCUGAGCGUUCCACCGCGGAUGUCAUCGACAUUACUAAGUUUAUAAUACUGUUGGUUUAGCGUUUUAGACAACAAUGCAGACGUGUGACAGAAGGCGCAGUUCAUCAGAGAGAAAAUCAGAGCUUUGGGGACGCGCCAUAUGUAAAAACUUUGGUGAAAUUUCAAGCAAAGGGAUCUGUUCGUGGCCGCAGUCAGUACGCAUCUAUGCACCAUUUGCUGAGUACAGAGUUUUGUUAAGUUUAUAUUUUCUCCGCCACCAGCCCCGCCGUUAAUGACUACUGCACAGCGGAGAAAACAGUCGCGAAGGAGCACGAGAGAGUACUAGGGAGAGAUGGUGGAUGUCGGUUCGAAGAACAACAUACACAAAGAUUCAGAAUUUGGAAAGACUCCCAAAAGGUAUCUGCUGUGUGGAACGAGGUGUGUUGCUGUGCCAUUUGUGUUGUGUGUUUCGCCAUGUGGUGGUGCGUAGUGCCGAUGCCAACUUAUCUGUGGCCAUUGGUAGCGUUUAGAGCGGUUUUGGAAGAUUUCCUCAUUCUCAGUGAUUCUCUUUAAUAAAACGGACCGAUGUCUAGAAGACAUGGUCUGUGGUCGUGCAUGGCACGUGAAUUGUAUGGAGUACACUAAGCCAACGCAUCGAUGGCCCCAUCUGAUAGGGCAGUAGAAAUAGGAUUUCCAAAUUUAUGGCAAGCAUUGAAAUGAGUAUGAGUGUCCUGAGUUACUGUUGCACGUCAUUAGAUGCCUGUACAGAAUAUUUUAAACAGCAAUUUUGAACAUUUUCAUUUCAUAUUUCACAGCACCAACAUGAUUGGGAUGAUGUCGAAAGGUUUCAGUUUCAAGUUAGCGUUUUUGUCUGCAUUCCGAAAAGCAGCGUGGCAAAUAAAUCUUGUCAAAAAUAUAGUAUUACCUUAUACUUAUUUGUUAUUAAUUUCCUGUUGCUCGUAUUUUUGGUCCGUUGUCAGGACAACAUGAUUGGCUCGUAUACCAUAUUUUGUCAAGAACGUCCUUUCAUGAAUGCUUUGUUUUUGCCCGGCUAAGUCAAUUAUUCGACUAAGUAGAAAAUAGGCCGACCUCUUGUUCAUUCAAUGCUUUGUGCUCGGCGCACACCAACCGGUUAUAUUGUCCGUUGAUACAUUGGGCUCGUGUCAAUUAACCACACACAGGUCCUCAGCUCAGCUCUCAAGUACGACAGUGGCAUGUCUUAAAAAUAUGUAAAAGUCCAAUAAGCAUGAAUCGAAUGUUGAAAGUAAGAAAUUUAUUUAUCCUUCAUGCACUCGUUUUUUAUUUUUGGAAAGUUUGUGCAAGAAAAAACAGGAAGUAUCAAGUUGGUUCAGCAUCACUCGAAAGACAAAAAAUCUACCGGCAAUAGCAGAACACACACACACCCGUGCUCCCACAGCAAAUACGUGCUAGAACCCGACUUGGACGAAAAAAAUAAAUUCAAUUUCACCUGUAUAUUCGCGAUGAAACAGUUGAGUAACAUAAACAUAUGUCUACAUUGAGUUUUAUUUUG